CUAGGGAGUAGAUACUUUUUAUGGUUUCAAGGUUUCGUUCGAAUAUGAGCAACCUUUAUUCCUUGGCACCUUAUAUUAUUAGUUUUCUAAGACCUUAACUUAUCUUCACCUUAAAAAAUUAUAUCCGAGAUGGGCCACUCCAGGUGCUUUUCUACCUACGAUGACGACUUCGAAUUCGACGAUGCGUAUUUCAGAAAGUUCUACAAACCUUUGUCGAAUCUCCCUACGCCACCCCCUUCUUCCAGAAAUUCAUCUGCUGCGCAGAGUCCUCGCAUUAGCUCGGAGGAUGUCGAGAGCGUCAGUCCAGAAUUCUUAGGCCCCGCAGCCCAUCUAGCAAGAAUGCUACCGCCCGGAGCUUCUUUUAUGACGCCGUCUAUCUCAAUAGUACAAGGAAUACUGACUCGUGCUAAUUUACCGAUGGAUAUAAUCGCAUUGGCGGUCUGCAUUUUGGAUUCGUUAAAUUCUCGAUUCUCUCGAAGCUGGCGGAUAUCCUUCCCCCUAAACAAACCAAGCGAGCCCGUCCCCAAACGCCAUACCUUACCGUCCGGUGCCGUUCAGGCUGUCCACAUCGAUAGCGUCUCUCCAGAGAUUAUUAUUCUGGCCGCAUUGAUAAUUGCCGAUAAGUUCGUCGAAGAUUUAUUGGAAUCUACACAAUACUAUUCUUCUACCUGGGGCGAAGAUAUCUGGACAUGUGAGCAGAUCAAUUUCACGGAGAGAUGUAUCAUGGAGAACUUGGGCUACCGCAUCCUGCCGCUGUGGGAACCGAAGUCUAUCAAGCAAGCCAGGCACGAUAUCGAAAUGGCCCGGCGAGAGUUAAUUGACGAGGAUAUUUGCGCGGGAGAGGAAAGCAAAUUGGCUAAGCAUGGCAAGUCGAUGAGCUCGGGACAUGCUGUAUUUGGUUUGGGUAUACAACCGACCCCUGCCGGGACACCCAAGUCUGAAUUGGCCACACCAUUCGACCACACCCACACCCACGACCACGACCACGAUCUCGGGUUAGAAACUCGGGAAGCUUUUAGUAACCCUACGGCUUCAUCGCGAGAUUAUUUACAUCUACCUUCCACGACAUGAAUUCAAUGAAAAUCGGAUGUUACGGCGCGAUUGCGAUUUUAUUUUGCAUGUUGCAUGCUCGAAAAUAUACUCUCUUCGUUAAUCUGCAUAGCAUGUUGGUUGCGUCUGGGCUUCAUUCGCCUUACCAAAUUGCGCUUCUCGAUAAUAUUGGUUUGCUUUAUAUAUAUAUACCUACUUGGUAUACAUAUAUUUAUUUUCCCACAUCUAUCGAUCGGGUCGACCCAUCCGGGCCAAGGGAGUUGCGUGCGUAACGGAGUUUUAGGGGGGGGCCCGGGUUCUGGGUCGGAGUACAAGGUCUUGCAUUGGCUUGAAAAAAGGUCAACAUAUUGGGGGACACGCGUCCUACAGAAAUUAUACCCACUAGUAAUAUAUUAUUAGUCUUUCACCCGUUCACUACCUC